AUGAGUGUAGCGCGAACCAAGAGAAUCUUGUUUGUUUUAGGCGGUCCGGGUGCCGGUAAGGGCACGCAAUGUAUGAAACUGGUUCAAAAGUAUGGAUUUGUGCACUUAUCGGCUGGCGAUUUGUUGCGUGAAGAACGUGAAUCAGGCUCUGCCAAUGGUGAGAUGAUUGAUCGCAUGAUCAAGGAAGGACAGAUUGUGCCCGUAAAGAUUACGCUGAAUUUAUUACAGCAAGCCAUGGUCAAGAGUGGCCGUGACCUGUUCCUUAUCGACGGGUUUCCACGUAACUUUGACAACUUGCAGGGAUGGCAAGAUGAAAUGGCCGAAGAGGAGUACCAGGUCCAGGGUGUGUUGUUCUAUGACUGUCCUGAGAAUGUCAUGGAGGAGCGGCUGCUUGAGCGUGGCAAGACGAGUGGACGCACCGACGACAAUACGGAGGCCAUUCACAAGCGUUUUCGCACGUACCUUGACUCUACGAUGCCUGUCAUUACGCACUAUGAGAAACAGAACAAGGUCUUCAAGGUAGAUGCCACUCGUGGUCCUGAUGAGGUCUUUAAAGCUACUAGUGCUCUGAUCGGACCCCUCGUUGCCAAGUAA